UUUGCAUCUGACUUUUUACACGCCCCUCUCCCUCUGACACAAAGUGGGAUAGACCCUGCGCGCUGCAGUUCAAUCUGGCCGGACUGACACAGACUUGGCUGACUGACUUCUGACACUCAACAAUGCAGACCACGCCACAAAAGUUCGAAACGUUAUCUUUACGCACGGGGCCUGCGGUGAGAGGACUCAGGAGUGAUAGCAGCUGUGCGCCCAUGGAUCAGGCUACAAGUGUUGGUUUCCCUGCAUCCCUGCGGAAAGUCAUUUGAAAAGCUAGGAGGAGACAGACCCGCUGCCGUGCCAGAGGAAAUCCAUUAGUCGCUCCAAACUGGAUUUACCAGAGCUCUGACGGUUUACAACUGGAGUAUCAGUUAGGCUGAGGUCCAUCAUUUCUGUGACAAUUUUACUUUCCGCACCAUCUACUCGGUUUUUUGUGCAACUCCUGGAUAAUCGCCUGCGCUACGGAGCACUUUUGGAGAAGUUGGAUCUGAAUUACGCACGGGAUUCCUCUAACAAAUGACCGCCUCUAAGUGGUUUGUGGCUCCCUCACUUCAUCCCCUCAGCUCCCUUUAUCGUACAGACCCAGCGUAUCACCCCCCUCUCCAGGUUCAACGCGGGGACUAAAACCUCUCUGUGUUUCCCUGCGCGCCAGCGUGCGGCUGCGGGCCACCUGGCCGAGAAUGUGGGGAGGAGGUUUCCCGAUGUCUGUCACCGUGAUUGUGACUCUGCUCCUUGUUAUAAUUGACGUGAAAGCCAGCGGGGAGUACUGCCAUGGCUGGCACGACGCCCAGGGCGUCUGGAAAGAAGGGUUCCAGUGCCCGGAGAAGAUUGACGGAGAGGACGCGAUCAUCUGUUGCGGGAAAUGCGAGCUGCGCUACUGCUGCUCCAGCACGGACGCACGGCUGGAUCAGGGCAGCUGUGAUAACGACCGGCAGGCACAGGAGCCCGGGACAGAGAGCAAGGAGAACAAGGACUCCGGUGCAGUGCCCAUCUAUGUGCCGUUCCUGAUCGUGGGCUCAGUGUUUGUAGCUUUCAUUCUGGUGGGUUCUGUGGUUGCCGUGUGUUGCUGCCGCUGCCUCCGGCCCAAGCAGGAGCUGUCAUCAUCAGGUGCCACAGGAGGUGGGAGCAGUGGCGGCCGCCUCUUGGAGACCAUCCCCAUGAUGGCAAACACCUCCAGAGGUUCCUCAUCCCGGCAGUCCAGCACAGCCACCUCGUCCAGCUCCUCUGCUCCGCCCGCCGCCCCCCGCCCAGCACCGCCUCCCCUCAUGCGGGCGCAGGCCUCCUGCUGCCUGCCGCCCGACGCCAGCGUCUUCGUCAACAUGCCCACCAACUUCUCAGUUCUCAACUGCCAGCAGGCCACCCAGAUCAUGCCUCACCAGGGACAGUUCCUGCACCCGCAGUACAUCGGCUACGCCCACCCCGUGUCCCCUACCCCAACCUUCUUGGACCCCACUCAGGGAGGCUAUAGACCCCUCCAGUCCCCCUGCCCUCCUCCCACCGUAGGGUCCAGUGUCACCAGUGACCAGAAAUACCCUCCAGUGACAGUGUGAUGAGGGGCCAACCUGCAGACCACUCAACCACUUUGUUGCAAAGACUGACUUGUGAAGUUUAACCUGUGAGAGCUGCGGCAGAAAUCUUUACGCCAGAGUGGGAAAUCAAAAAGGCAGCGAAUCAGACUCAUGUGAAGGACUCAUGAAGCUGUUGCUGGUAGCAGGGCCUGCUCUGCUAUAGUGUGUGAUGUGUGUCUGUUUAGUGUUUCACAUGAUCUCUUGGCAAGUCGGAAUGAGCUAAGCUCAGCCUUAGAUGGGGUAAAAUGGAUGCGUAAACAUUUCUCUGUCUUGAUGUAAAGACAAAACUGCAUCUUGGAAGGUUAUAUAGCCCAGAUGGGUAAUAAUGCACGGUUCAUUGCAGCCUGCAGCUCAAAUAAAGGCUGCAUGUGUUUGUGUUUGCAUGGAUGUGUGUGUGAUCGAGAAAAAAGAUUUGUUGGCCUAUAUGUGCGGGAAUGAGUGAUGACUGGAUGAUUUAUAGCAGGGGACUGUAUGACAAAUGGAUAUUCAAGCAAAAAAAAUAUGACCACAUGCUGUGUUUAUGCCAUGUGCACAUCUGUGCUUGUGAAUGACUGUGAGUGGUUUCUACAAUACAGUAUAUUUUUGUUUGUGUUGAAAAUAUGAGGAAAGAAAGCAUGUGGAUAGAUGUUUGUACUGUAUGUGUGUGUGAGUUUGGGAGAGAGUGUGAAGUGUGGAGGGAUGUGGUCUUAUGAGUAACUGUGAGUGAACUUUGUGUAAUGGGAAAUGCAGGUGGCGUGAUGUGAAAGGCAGUCGCAAUCUCCCCGUAGGCCAUUUAAACUGUAAUGAAGUGAACACAGGACACGGACUGUGACGCUCCACCCUACUAUACAACCCCCCUCCUGCCACCCAGAAAGAAAAAACACAAAAACCCCAACUGCCCUGAGCGGAAACACACUCACAGACCCCAAAAAUGACAAUAUUCACACGAGGCUGGCAGUUAAUGUUCCUUGGAAGUGUGAGUGUGUGACAGAGGAGUGAGAGGCAGUCCUCUGAAGAUUACAGAGUUAAUUAUACAGCAAAAACUCUGCCAGCUGCCCCCUUCACUUCUCUCCUGUGAGAGGUGUGUGUGUAUUUAACACUACCACAGUUGAGUGCAUUAGCACAGGCAGCUCCAGGGCACCUCUGACUCAUUAUUUUCCACUCAAGAAAGACACAGAAGUGGCAGUUAUUGGAUGUUAAUCUGAAAAAAUAAGUGAAAGUUGUUGGAUUUUAAGCCAUUCUGUGUGCUGUUGCACAGCUGGGUCACCGGUAACUGAGAAACAUGCAACUUGCGGAAUGUGCUGCUCCACUGAGCGUGCAGCCUGAGAUGUCCCUGAGUACUGAAACCAGUAUGUCUGUGCACCUCUUCUGUUCUCCACGCAUAAUGUCUGUAAGAUACAGCGGGCAGCUUGUGUGAGACAAAGCAAAACCAUCUGUAAAACAGUGGCUUCACUUAAACCGAAUGUGUCUGCUCCGUCUGAAACAAAGAGAUUUGAUGCAGGAGAAUCAUUUUUCAUAUGAAUUUGAAAAAAAAAUAAAGAUUUUGAAAAAAGAAA